AUGACGCUCGCCAACGAAUCCUUCGCACACGCGACCGGCUACGCCCACCACCAACAUGAACACCACAUCACCGGCGCCCACCUCAUUGGCAGCGUGCCCCUUCCUGACGCCGAGGCCGUCUUUCGACAAUGUGCUGCGAAUCUCCCUGCCCGACUGAAGCGCAUACCGGAUGGCGAGACGGGCGACAGGCAGCUGUUCACCACCUUCCAGGCGCAGCUCUUCGGCAUAUACCCGCCGAUGAUGACCGAGUUCGUGCACAACGCUCCCAUCCAAGACAAGCACUUCACACCCGAGCAGAUCCAAGAAGGCAUCGACAUCCUCACGAAAGUUGACCUCCACACCGGCUACGACGAUGUUGCCAUCGAGAGCUACGCCAUCUUCCGCAGACUCAAGGACGAGGGUGUGAUUCCGCUAGAUGUCAAGUUCCAAGUGAGCUUGCCGUCAAUUCCGAACGUGAUUGGGCCGUUUGUGCAACACGCAUUCCAGGCCAUUGUCGAGCCCAUCUAUGAAGCAGCACUCUUCCGCGCUAUUCGACGGAUACAAGAGCGCAUUCCACACGAGGACCUAGCUAUUCAGAUCGACAUCGCACUAGACACUGCUUACUGGGAGGCACUGAACCCGGACACUGUCAGGGAGAACUCCGGCCUGGAGUGGUUCCGGCCAUGGUUCAAGGGCGAUGUGAAGCAGUAUCAAACAGACUACAUCGUCCGAUUCAUCAGCCAAGUGGACGAUGAUGUCGAGGUCGGACUGCACAACUGCUAUGGUGACAUGCAACACCAGCACUGGCACGAGCCCGCAUCUCUCGCCGUAGUCGUCGAGCGAGCACUCUGGGUUUACAGCGCCUCACCACGCAAGAUCAACUUCUUCCACUGCCCCGUGCCGAAGAGUGCCGAGGGCCACAUCGACGCCUACUUGGAUCCACUAAAGUAUCUCCUCCCAGUCUUGAGACAGCACGAGACCGACCUCUACCUCGGUCUGGUCCACGAGCACAAGCCGGACCUCACCAAGAAGUACAUCGCGGCCGCGAAGAAAGUGGUGCCCAUCUUUGGCGUGGCGGCGGAGUGCGGUGGUGGCAGGACGCCUUGGGAGGAUUUCGAGGAUGUGCUGAAGAUCUCGAAGGACGUCUCGGAGCCUGUGGUUGUUGUUGAUGCGGCCAGCACUCAUCGAUCCAAGUACUUCAACAAUGCAGUCAUCAAUCAAUGGUUCGACUCGCCUCCCGUUCAGGACCAGGGCCAUUGCCAAGACGAAGACUGCCAUGUUGAUGGCUUGAAAGAGUCAAGGACAUACCUGAAGAACCUUGUGGAUGCCGAAGUCGCAGUUGUUGGCGCUAAAAACGUCUUCAUCGGCGGCUUCAGUCAGGGCUGUGCGAUGGCGCUGCACUUUUUGCUGAGCUCCGAAGGGGAAUUGGGUGGAUUUGUGGGGAUGAGUGGAUGGAUGCCGAUGGUCCAGAGCUUGGAAAAGACUCUGGAGCAGGAAGAAGACGCUCCGACCAGUGUCUGUAAUUUUGUGCGAGAGACCAUGGGACUACGACCGCUCGAAGUAGCACCAUAUCUCGCAACACCAGUGCUCCUCGGCCAUGGCACUCUUGACGACAUUGUCAUACUUUCCAAAGGCCAGCGUGCUGCGGCAUUCCUUAGGGACUUGGGCAUGCAAGUAACCUGGAAAGAGUACGCCAUCGGCCAUUGUUACGAAGUUUCUCGCCAGAUCGACGACAUUGUGGCGUUCCUGCAGAGACGUGGGCGUGUUUGA